AUGCCAAUUGAUGCUUCUGGCCAGACAGUGACGCAUGAAGAUGACAAAUUGGCACAAGGCCUUUGCCUGCGAUUUUUCGAUGAAUACAGGAUUGGCAGAUCUGAUGUCCCCGAUCUGGGGUGUGACGAUCCGUCCUCGUUGGUGAGUCUCAAGACUAGAAUUCAAAAUGAUAAUUCUUUGCGUGCUGCUGCUCUCCACCAGAUGCGGGAUUGCCCUGGAUUGAUUCGACCACUCCAUUCUAGUCCUGCACUGAGCUUCUUCACUCUCACCCUGUCCUCUUUUUCUCUUCCUUGCCCGACUCAGGGUCCUUUCUUCGAGAGUGAGUCGGCAUGA